GCUACCUAAACUUGAAUCGUCGAGCAUAAUACCACGCACAAUGUUCGGCGCAUUCAGACCGACGAGUACGCUAUUUGGCGGUCUUCUAUGGAAGGUUCCGUGGCGCCUCUCAAAAUUCCAGAAAGCACGACAACGGAAACGGCUUCGGGGCGUCGAUGAGGUUGUGGCGACUUUAGACAAAGCGCUGGCGAAGCAGGGCGAGACGCUGAAGGCCCUCGAGACAUGGAAAGAGACAAUGCCUACCGAGGCCGAGAUGCUGCCUAAGGACAAAUACACCAUGUUCGACAGGAAAGCAAAGCGAUAUAGAAAGGGCAUCCACAAGCUCCCAAAAUGGACGAGAGUGUCGCAAAGAGUCAACCCGCCUGGUUACUAAGUACUACGAACUAUUCUACGAGAUAUUGCCACGAUCUGCCCCGAAUUACGUAUAUAUGCUCAUGCUCAGCUCUGGCAUAGGAAUAGCAAGCAGGAUGAUGCCGUAUGGAGGAUCACAUUUUAACAGGGUGACCUUAGACUACGGACCAAAAUCCGACGGACUGUAUACUAUUGUACUCGAACCCAGGAAGCACAUAGGCUUUGGGCUUUCUAUACAAGAAUAGAACAAAACAAUGGAGGGCGGAUAAUUCGUCACGAAAUGAACUCGGUGAAUUUGCAACUAGCAGUG